AUGUUUUGCUUAUGUGGUCCAAGAGGAACAGAUUAAAAUGAAAAGAGCUAAGAUACUGUAAAUUAAUAGAUAGCAACCAGUCUAUAAGCAAAUAUGAAAAGAAAAUCAAUGAAACCAUUUUUGAAUCUAGAUUACACUGCAAAUGUAGAAAGUAGUAUAAAUUAAUGUAUUGUAAUAAAUAAUUGUAGAAUUUGCAUAAAGAUGUGAUUAAUCAAGGGAAUACAAAGAAUAUACAGAUUUUAUAAAUGGUUAUUAUCAAGGAAACAAUCAAAAAUCAUAAAUCUAAUUACCAAAUGACACUGAACUUUCAGCCAUCAAAUAUGAAGUAUAUAUUUAUUCAAUUUAGGAAACAAAGACAAGUAAUGAACAAAUGAGACUUAUACAUCUUGGCGAUGGCUUAUUAGCUAAAAUAAUAAGCAUUAAUCAAGCUACUACGUCAUCAUGUAAAGAUUCGUUUUCUCCAUUUAUAAUGAAAGUAUUGAAUGAAACAAAGAGAUUCUAUGAUGUAUAAUACUAGUAUUAAACCUAGAUUAAUCCUAUUUAAGAAGUGUAGUUUGUUAAACAGUUAGUUCCACAUUUUAUAACAGAAUAAACUUAUUAAAGAGUAAAGAAUGAUAAAUUACUGAUUGCACAUGAUCCAACAGGAAGUUUUUUAAUCAAACAUACUCUUUCAAAUUAAGAAGUUUAUUACAUUUAAGAAUCAAAAACAUAUAGAAAUAUAUUAAAUUAUGCAUUGGACAUAUUAAAAUCUUAAGAUAAAGUGAAUUAUAUAUUUAAAUCAGAUAUUACAGAUAAAUUGGACACUGUUAUUUUAAGUAAAUAUAUAUUUAUAAUUUAAAAGAUUUAUUACAUAUUUAAGACACACCUAUUUCUUUUGUUAUUUAAGAAUAUUUAACAUUGGCACAUGAUAUGAUCAUAAUUUUAUCACCAAAAAUUGAUUAUCAUGAAAUGGUAUCAUAGUUGCGUUAAGGCAUAAAACAAAGGUAUUUAAUAUUAUUAAAACUUAAGUGCUUAAUCCAGAUUAUAUUGUAGUAUAGAAAUUUAAAAUGUUUACAAUGGUGGUUAAUUUAUGGCAAGAAUUAUUUAUUAUGGAGAAGUAUCAUAAAUUACUUAAAAUCAAUAAUUAAGUUAUCUUUAUGAAUGCAUAUCAAAAAACAUGAAAAAGAUUUAUAAAUAUAAAAAACUAAUUAAAGAUCUUAAAAAUUAGGUUGGAAUUAUGAAAUUAGUUGAUUUAUUUGCUCUUUAUGGUUUACUUAAUAAUUAAUCUGAAGAAAACUUUACUAGAUUUUAUUAGCAAAUGAAAUUAAGUUAUUUUUAGAAUUUCUAAUCUUCUGUAUAUAAAUUUUAAAAAGCUGAAAGCAAUUAAUCAUAGACAGAAUCAGAAAAUGAAGAUCCUGUACCUUUGGUUUAAUAUGGAAGCUCUAUUAUUUUUUCAGAAAUAAAACUAUAUAGUAAGAGUCUAUCUACUCAUGCUGCUAAGUCUGAAUAUGUUCAUUUUCAUUCUUAAAACAAUAACUAAAACAAUAAUACUAAAAAUAAAGCAUAAGAUAAAAUAGAGUUGACAGAAUCUUGUAUUUAUAAAUGA